CCAUGAUACACAUUGAUUAUUGCCACAUCACAUGCAAAAUAACACCAGCCCCUUCGCCUCCGCAAACCUUGAGAGAGGUGGAGCGCCGACUUGUUUGCCACGUGCCACCCGCGGCACCGUUAGUACAUGCUUGGAUAGUAGAUGUCGCGAGCUUGGCAUCUGAGGGUCUCGUCCGGCUUUCACAGGGUUCCGCGCGCCAAACACGAGACAACACGGAGCGAGUGAACGAGCAGGAACAAGAAGGGAAGGGAUAGAGGAAGAGGAAAAACUGCGCUUUUUAUUUACGAGCCUUCUUCGUGAAGCUCCCUUUUCUGCCGGCGGCGCCCCCCUGCUGUUGAGGCUGUGGUAUGAGCCUAUGUGGCAGGAAGGCGCUAACGUUGCUGAGCAGCGUGUUCGCUGUUUGCGGCCUCGGCCUUUUAGGCAUCGCCGUGAGCACCGACUACUGGCUCUACCUGGAGGAGGGCGUCAUCCUUCCUCUGAACCAGAGCACGGAGAUACGCAUGUCCCUCCACUCCGGCCUCUGGAGGGUUUGCUUCCUGGCUGAUAAACAACCCUCCAGACAAGUGUUGUACCAGAGUAAACCAGGAGAUGAAAAAGGCCGGUGUUUUACCAUUGAGUAUGUGAUGCCUACUAAUGUCCAGAUGACCUCUGAGUCCACUGUCAGCGUAUUGAAGAUGAUCCGUUCUGCCACUCCGUUCCCUCUGGUCAGCCUGUUCUUCAUGUUCAUUGGUUUUGUACUCAGUAACAUCGGCCACAUUCGACCUCAUCACACCAUCCUGGCCUUUGUUUCUGGGAUUUUUUUUAUCUUGUCAGGUCUGUCGUUAGUCGUUGGUCUCGUAUUAUACAUCUCCAACAUUAAUGAUGAAAUGUUAAACAGAACCAAAACUAAUGAGGCUUACUUCAGCUACAAGUACGGCUGGUCAUUCGCCUUUGCUGCCAUCUCCUUCCUCCUCACUGAGACGGCAGGAGUCAUGUCGGUGUACCUGUUCAUGAAGCGCUACACAGCAGAGGAAAUGUACCGGCCUCACCAGGGCUUCUACCGGCCUCGCCUCAGCAACUGCUCUGAUUACUCGGGCCAGUUCCUCCAUCCAGAUGCGUGGGCGGGACGUGGUCGCAGCCCCUCAUCCAUCUCAUCUGAAGCCUCCCUCCAGAUGAACUCCUCCAACUACCCUGCCCUCCUCAAGUGUCCGGAGUAUGAACAAAUGUCCUCCUCGCCCUGCUGAGGCAGAGGAGGUGGUAGAAACAGCACUAAAGGGGCUAAUUUGACCUACCUGGAUUUUGGCAUAAAAUAAUUUGAUAAUAUCCAGUUUGUUGAAGUGUCCUGACUAUGAUUCUCUACACCCUCCCUACUGCUGAUUUAUUAAAUGUAUACUUUUUCGUUCAGUGGGGAAUAAAACCUAAGUUGAGACUUAGUUCAGUUCACUUUAUUUUCAGCUAUCCUGUUUUUCUUCAGGAGUGGCUGUUAGAAGAGGAAAGCUUUUUUUGUGACCGUUAAUGACAAAAGUCUGCUGAAAUGACCCGGGCAGGAUGGAAAACACUGAAUAGCUGGGGGGAAGUUUGAACCCACAAUGAGCAAGGAACACGUCACGUUCCAGUUAAUACUUACUGCACAUUUCCAGACUUGGAGAAUCUAGAGAAGGGAUUAUAGGUGGUUUGGUAAGUGUGUGCAGUAGUCUGGUGGUUUUAGUGUAAAGAGAGAGUCAAAUCAGUUCAGUCUUAAUGAAAAGCUGCACAGUACACAGCUGUCCAAUAUUUGUACUUUACUCAGACUGUGCAAGCUUCACGUUUCUAAAACUCAUAUAUUUUACAGCUGUGGAAGGGAAUCACUUAUAUAAAUUGUGUUGAUUACUUUGGUGUUUCCGCUGUCGUUGGUUUCCACUUGGAGCUUUAACUUGUGAAAGUAAAUAAGACUGGACCCAUUCAGUGAUAACCAUAACCAACCAUAUGACCCAGGACAGACUAAAGGGAAAAGACUGUUUUUGAUCCAGACAGACAGUGACCUUUGUCCUUCUCCAUCUGUUGUGUAUUUUUCUAUCAAGAGUGAUUUUAAAGUUAAGAAGAUAAACUUUCUUUACUUGAGCACUGAUGUACUGAAGUACUGCUACCUGUUUUCACUGGUCCCCAGUUGAAAUAGAAGGAGCUAGUAACUAGCUGGACAGUCGUAUCACAUAUGUCUAUCUUAAAAUGCUGAAUAUGAAUAUUUUGAUGGCUUUAUAUAGAAAUUGGGUCUAGUAUUGUUUUGCCUUGUAGAGGACAUAGAAUUAACAUGAAAAGCUUUUCACUCCAUCAAUAAACAUCAGUGUUAUUGAAUGAUAUUGAUGUAACUAAACAUUUUAUACUUUCAGAGGCCCAAUGAUUACUGUAUAUAAUAGCCUGAUCCAUUAGCAAAGCAUUUAAAAA